AUGUCGAAGUCUUCACCUGCGGGUGCAAAGUCAAUUCCUACAUCAAGUCCGGACAAGGUAUUGGGUUAUCGAUGCAUGAGAUGUACCAUCCCGGAAAACGCUCGUACAACAACAGAGUGGGAGAAAUAUCAGGCAUACUACACAGUCCAAACACCUCCAAAAUCUUUAGGAACAGGAGUUCUUAAUAAUCAAAACGGAAAAGGCAAGUCUAUCGAUAGAUCGGAACAUCCGAACUAUCCGUUCAAAGAGAACGAGGAUAAAAUUGACGCGUCACGUCGUCCAUGUCAACCUGCGGUUCCACAAAGUGUAGAGGAAAAGGAUGAAAACGGCAAGCAACGUCCAGGUCAACCAUCCCUUCCGGAUCAAUCCCCUGUUUCUCCGGUUGAAGCACCUGCUCCCAAACCGAAGAAAUUGGAGAGGAAGUUCAGCCAAAAACUGAAGGGUUUGGUUCGGACCCUCUCGUGGAGGAAAAAGUGA